AUGUUUAAGGUUCUGAUGGUUUUGGUUUUUUGGUGUACCAUCUACAAAGUAUCCGUCAAAGCGGGGUCCUGCCAAGGAACAUGUGUGGCAAUUGCUUGCGAUAAAAAUAAAGUGCUUAGUGGCGAUGAAUCGCCCGAGUUUAAUCUUAGAUUGGAAACAAAUGAAUGUGGUAAUCUUUUCGAAGUAUGUUGUCCUACAACAAGCGUUACACAUUUGAAUCUAGUUUCAUCAAUGGGUGCUGGCGAACGAUGUGGGAUCAGAAACGAUAAUGGUAUCGGAUUUCACAUUACAGGAAACAAUCAGGGCGAGUCACAAUAUGAACCGAAAGACGUAUACGAAGGUUCUGCAUCACUGAUUUCAUCUUCAGCGGCAUUGACUGCUGCCCAUAUUGUUAAGAAAGCUCAAGGUGAUGAGCUUUUCGUACGUGCCGGUGAAUGGGAUUUAAAUGGAGAUAAUGAACUGUUACCCAUACAGAAUCGUCAAGUGGUUAAAACGAUAGUUCAUGAAAAAUACAACGAGCAGCAUCAUAAUAAUAUUGCCCUACUUAUUCUUAAGGAACCGUUCGACUUAGACAAACAUGUUCGACCAAUUUGUCUGCCAUCGCCUACGAUUUCCUACAAUCGCCAAUCGUGUCUAACUGGUGGCUGGGGUGACGCCCAAUUUAACGAUAAAACCAUGGUACACAUUUUGAAGAAGGUUCAGGUGCCAUUGAUGGAACGCGAUCAAUGUGAGGUUGCCUUCAGAACAACACGACUGGGAUCGAAUUUCCACUUAGAUCAGAGUUAUGUAUGCGCUGGUGGAGAGGAAAACGUUGAUGUUUGUACCGGUGAUGGGGGCGCUCCAUUAAUUUGUCCGGAUUCCAAUGGAAUUUAUUAUCAGAUUGGUAUAGUUGCUUGGGGAAUUGGCUGCGGAGAACAGGGCAUUCCAGGGGCUUACACAAAUGUGGCUUUUUUCAGUGAUUGGAUUGAAGGUCAUCUGAAGUCAGUGAAAAUUUUUGAAUAG